CGCCCCUCGUUCCACCGCACACACGCACUUCACUCCGCAUAAUGCGCUCUGUAUGUGUUUUUAUGCUUUUGUAUUCCCGAAUACUUUGCCCCGCUCCUUGUAUGGUAAUUUUUUUCCCUUUGAAUGGUGGGGAGAGGGGAGAUGGGGUUAGGUAAGGCGAUGAAAGGGGAAAUUGCUAGGGCCUUGUGAGGCUGCGUGAUAGAAUGAGGCAUUCGGUAUCAGGUAGUCUAUAAUAUUAUGGAGUGGAUAGGAGUUACCUCCCCCCGGAGAUUAUUUUGUUGAUCACAAGUUAUCUUGAGGACUACUAUUCAAUCAUCUUACCUGCCAUGACCGAGAACGCAAGUGCAAGCGCAACCGCCAAUGCCACCACCGUCAACGGGAUGUCGGGGAAUCCUCUGCAACCGAAGAACUACGAAAUUGCCGGAACUCAUCCAGAUAGCAGAAUUCUGUUUCGUGAUGUUCGUAUUCUGGAUUCCACUGGGAGAGAGCCUUAUCCUGGUGAUGUUCUGAUUAAAGGAGAACGUAUCGUAGAGGUCGGUACAGUUUCCAACAUCGAAUCACUCAUUCGCGACCCGACAGUUCGGGUAUUCAGCGGUCGCGGGAGAACUCUGAUGUCGGGAUUAUGUGACGCUCACACCCACCUCACCUGGAACGGGGGAGACCUCCGCGCUCUUGGUGAGCUUGGCGUCGAAGAGCACACCCUCCUUACCAUGCGCUCUGCUCAAUGUUUCCUUGACUCGGGAUACACCAUGUGCUGGGGCGCUGCCUCUGCGAAGCCGAGAUUGGACGUUGUCAUCAGAGACGCUAUCAAUGCUGGCCAUAUCCCUGGGCCAAGGUGUUUGGCUAAUGGACAGGAACUCGCCAAGGUGGAUGGUGAAUUGGUUCCUGGAAUUACUGCGUAUGCGAAUACUCCGGAGGAAAUUAGGGAAGUUAUUCGUGAGCAUGUUAAACUGGGUGUGGAUCAGAUCAAGCUGAGUAUCUCUGGUGAGUCGGUUACGGAAAUCAGAGCCGCAACAGACUGUUAUUUCUCUGCAGAAGACAUGGAAGCUGCCGUUGAUGAAGCACACAAGCAUGGAAAGCGUGUCUGUACGCAUGCGCGUGCGAGGGAGUCUGUUAGGUUGAGCAUCUUGCAUGGCGUGGACGUCAUAUUUCAUGCUAGUUACAUCGACGAUGAAGGAAUGGACCUUCUAGAGAAAGCUAAGGAUAGGGUCGUUGUUGUACCAGCGCUGAACUGGUUGUAUGCUACCCUCUACGAGGCAGCGGCAUUCGGUUAUCCCCAAGCAGCGGCCGAAAAAGCUGGCUACGGAACCGAACUUGAAACCGCUAUCAAAGGGUUGAAAGAAAUGCACCGUAGAGGCAUCACCAUUCUCCCUGGAGGGGACUAUGGCUUUGCCUGGACCCCUCACGGCACAUACGCCCGCGACCUCGAGCACUUUGUCAAGCUCCUGGGUUUCACGCCCAUGGAAGCGAUUCUCGCUGCGACAGCUGAAGGAGGCAAGCUCUUCAUGCGCGAGCACGAACUCGGCAAGAUCCAGCCAAGCUAUUACGCAGAUUGCAUUCUCGUCAAUGGGAAUCCGCUGGAGGACAUCGCCAUUUUGCAGGACCACUCGAAGCUGGACGUCAUUGUGAUUAAUGGAAGGGUGCACAAGAGCAGCCCGCUUGAGCAUUAUCGUCCUAUACCGAUUGCUGGCGAGGGUGAGGAGGAGAAUCUCAUUGUGCCCGAGUUCAAGUUCUUGACAAUUGAGAGGCAGAUGCAGGUUGAUUUGUGAGGUAAUGAAGUGGGUGGAGGGGGAUUGGAGCUCAAUGAUAAGUUAUCGUUAUGGAUCAAUAACUUUUUUUGCUUCCAUAGUUUGGUUGUUUAAUAUCAUCAUCCAGCCCACAA